AUGGUCGCCGAAUAUGGCGGAUUUCUCAUGUUUUUCUUGAUUCUUCGCAACAGCAAAAAAAAAAAAAAAAAAUGGAGAUGUUGCUGGAUUUCAAUUCUACGCACGCUGAUUGGCUGGGACAAAAAGCGACGCCCAUGUUUCUUCGACAUCGUCCAUCACCAACUUCAACGUCGACCGCAAGCAUCGUCUUCGAGCACAGAACAGCAGCGAGGAGAGCCAUUGUCUGCGUCUGCACCGUCCAGCGGCCUUCUGAGAGUUGUCUUGAUCUUUGUCUGCUGGGAUGGCUUCCAAAAUACUCCCCUUCACCCUCCGGCAGGCCGGCCGCCAGUCUCUCCCACAGUUCUCUUCGCGGCAAUGUCGAACAUUCACAACCGCAUCGCCCCUCAUGAGCGAUGUUCUCCACGUCGUAAGUGCCUGAUUUGCGAUCCGAAUUUCUUCAGCCCACUCGACUGGGAAAGUCACCGAAACACUCCUACCAAUAACCCAACCAUUCCUUUCAAGUUCUCCCAGGAAAACCUUACCGUCAUCGACGAGAUCCUUAAGCGCUAUCCUCCCCAGUAUAAGAAGGCUGCCGUCAUGCCUCUAUUGGACCUUGGACAGCGGCAGCACGGAUAUACCAGCAUCAGCGUGAUGAACGAGGUUGCACGCAUGCUGGAGAUGCCACCCAUGCGAGUAUACGAGGUUGCUACCUUUUAUACCAUGUACAACCGUGAGCCAGUCGGAAAGUACUUUGUUCAGAUAUGUACUACCACACCAUGCCAGCUCGGCGGCUGUGGAAGUGACAAGAUCGUCAAGGCCAUAACGGAGCAUCUCGGCGUAUCAUCGCACGGUGCAACAACCCCAGAUGGCAUCUUCACCGUUCUCGAAGUCGAAUGUCUCGGGGCUUGCGUGAAUGCGCCAAUGGUUCAGAUCAACGACGACUACUACGAGGAUCUCACACCCGAAUCCACUAUCCAGCUACUUGAUGCUCUCAAAGCUAGUGCCGUUGCUGCUGAGAAUGGAACACAGCCCAGCGUAAAGGUUCCACCACCAGGACCCUUGAGUGGCAGACAUACUUGUGAAAACAGCGCUGGGUUGACAAGCUUGACGGAGCCACUGUGGGGAAAUGAGACCUUGAGAAAAGACGGGGAAUUGUAA